CCCGGAAGUGGGGCCUUGGGUACACGUGGUUGGGUCGGGGGUCGCGCCGGGGGGGAAUCCGGAGCAACGAGGAGGAGGAGGAGGGAGCCCAGCUGGAGGACCCCGGAGCAACGGCCUGGAAUGUCUGAGGUGUAAACCCUCACCACCGAGGCGCUGAUAUGGACCAAACCCUGCCCCCGCCAGCAGGAGGUGUCCUGCCCACCAGCCCUCUGGCCAAAGCGACGGACACCUCGUCCGGGGAUGACACCGCCAACACAGCGGUCAUCGCAGUGGUCAUCACCGUGGUGUUCGUCACCAUGAUCUCGGCGCUAGUGGUGAUCAUCAUCUACCUGUACAAGAACAAGGGGACGUACGUCACCUACGAGGCCCCCGAGGAAGGUCCCACCGCCUCCGUGCAGAUGGAGAGCAGCGGCCCCAAGGCGGGGAAGGAAGAGUAUUUCAUCUGACCUCCGACCUCCCGGACGCCGGAUGGGACCGUGGACCCCGGGAGCCGUAGAGGGGUCGGGACGGCCACGGACCCUCUGAAAGGGAGUACCGGUCUCGGGGGGCGGGGGUCCGGCUGGAGACUUGAGACAUUUGAGCGGCGGCCCCCGGGCGGGGAGCGCCGCAGUCUUCGGGGCGCGGGGAGAAGACGGAAGGGCGGACGGGGCCGGGGGGGGUCCCCACUCCGCCGCUGGUCCGCCGCCCGGUGACAUCGCCCCCGACAUUCCCAAACCACCCCCGGCCUAGUGACCCACCAUUGCGGGGCUUCCCCUGCCUCCUGGCAGAAGGAGAAAGUCCAAGCCCUUGGGUGACGGGGACUGCUUUUAAACCGGUAUCGUGGAUCUACCCCAGCGCUCGGUCCUGCGUCUGGCACUUCGAAAGUGCCUAACAAAUACCGGAAGCAACCCUGUCCUCAUACGGUUAUUAAAUGGCUCCGUCUUCCCUAA